UUCCCUAUAGACAUUUGGAAGGGGCUCACUAUGACAGGGCAGAGUCUGAAGGCUUUAUCUGAAGCGAAUUUUGAAGACAAUGAGAUCAGCAUCAACGUUGGAGGCUUUAAGAAAAAGAUGAGAUCCAACACGUUAUUAAGGUUCCCUGAGACCAGGCUUGGCAAACUGCUGAGCUGCCACUCAAAGGAGUCCAUCCUGGAGCUCUGUGAUGACUAUGAUGACACCAAGAAUGAAUUUUAUUUUGACAGGAAUCCUGAGCUCUUUCCUUACGUGCUACAUUUCUAUAACACUGGCAAGCUCCAUGUGAUGGGUGAACUCUGCGUGUUUUCUUUCAGCCAGGAGAUUGAAUACUGGGGAAUCAAUGAGUUCUUCAUAGACUCCUGCUGCAGUUACAGCUACCAUGGGAGAAAAAUGGAGCCAGACCAGGAGAAGUGGGAGGAACAAAGUGACCAGGAAAGUACUACAUCUUCUUUCGAUGAAAUUUUGGCAUUCUACAAUGAUGCCUCUAAAUUUGACAAGCAACCCUUUGGGAACAUCAGGAGGCAGCUCUGGCUUGCUCUGGAUAAUCCUGGGUACUCAGUCUUAAGCCGAAUCUUCAGUGUCCUUUCAAUAGUGGUGGUGCUGGGCUCCAUUGUGACCAUGUGCCUGAACAGCCUCCCAGACUUUCAGAUUGUUGACAGCAAUGGGAACCCCGAGGAAGACCCUCGCUUUGAAAUUGUGGAACAUUUUGGUAUUGCAUGGUUCACUUUUGAGCUGGUGGCAAGAUUUGCAGUAGCUCCUGACUUUUUAAAAUUUUUCAAGCAUGCCCUGAAUUUGAUUGACCUGAUGUCUAUCCUUCCAUUUUAUAUCACUUUAAUUGUCAACUUGGUGGUAGAAAGUAGUCCAACUUUAGCAAAUCUAGGCAGGGUUGCACAAGUCCUGAGACUCAUGAGGAUCUUUCGCAUCUUAAAGCUUGCUAGACACUCCACAGGUCUCCGGUCUCUUGGGGCCACCCUGAAGUAUAGCUACAGAGAGGUGGGGCUUCUUUUGCUUUACCUCUCUGUUGGCAUCUCCAUUUUCUCAGUAGUGGCUUACACCAUUGAGAAAGAAGAGAAUGAGGGGUUAGCCACCAUCCCUGCUUGUUGGUGGUGGGCUACUGUUAGCAUGACUACAGUUGGCUACGGGGAUGUUGUGCCAGGGAGCACUGCUGGCAAGUUGACAGCAUCUGCAUGCAUCCUAGCUGGUAUUCUAGUGGUAGUGCUGCCCAUUACACUGAUCUUCAAUAAAUUCUCCCACUUUUACAAGCGUCAGAAGCAGUUAGAGAGUGCCAUGAGAAGCUGUGAUUUUGGUGAUGGUAUGAAAGAAGUUCCAUCAGUCAACUUAAGGGACUACUAUGCUUAUAAAGUUAAAUCCCUUAUGGCCAGUCUUACCAAUAUGAGCAGGAGUACCCCCAGUGAGCUGAGCCUGAAUGAUUCACUGGAUUAGUGUACAAGUUUGACAGCAGUUUGCAUGAGAGCUAUCAAGAGCUAUGUUUGUAAAUGUUUCCCUGUUUGUCUUUUUUCUUAGAGGAUAGUGUUGCUGACACUGCACUGAACUUUGCACUUGAGAAACUAAAGACAUUUCUAUUACAAGUUGAUGGUUUGCACAUUUUCAUCCUGUUGCAUUGCUAGUAAAUGCUGACUUUUCCAUACAAAUGUGAUCACUUCCAUGACAUUACUGCUAGAGGUGUAGUGAUGGUCUGUUACUUCGUGCAUUACCUCAUCUGAGCAGAGAAAUUAAUGUACCCAAGUGGAAUAAAAAUUCUCAUCUGUGACACGAGUAAUGAAAAAA